AGCUGAUUGGUUAAAAAUCGCUCUUCCUGCGGGACGACACUAUGGCGAUCCUCAGCAAACCUUUGACCCUACACUGUACAUGUUAUGAACUGGGUCAUUGUUGGACACCUUACUGCUUACAAGCUACAAAAGACGUCGCGAAAAAUGUGUUUAAGAAGCGAUAAAAAUAUAUGGAACUCUGUAUUUGAUUACAGCACUAUUGCGGAAACGUGGUUGGAGCUACUAUAUAAAGAAAUUUGUACCUGAGACACUUCGGUCAAGUCUUUUCCUGACUGUUAAUGGCUCACUUUUUAUCACCCUUUUUUGUAUAUGGAGAAAGCUGUGCGGCUUCUACAUUUUCUACAACACCUUCGUCUGCGGGAUUCCUGCUUGCGCCCUGUCCAUUGUGGUGGAGCAGAAAUGCAGGCAUCUUCUGGGUUGUUUCACUUUUCUCAGCUCAUCUUUUCUGCCAGCCUAUCUCGCUGCAGCCUGCGCCGUUUUGCUGGAAAGAAAAAAUAGGCGGGGACCGCUGGCAGUCUACCUGACGAAUCUGGCAUUGGAGACAGGGUUUCGAAUGUUGGUCAACCGAGGACUUGUCACGCCAAUCAACAACGGAGAGGUGAUAUUGUUCAGUUUGGCAUCUGCCGUCUACUUGUACCUCUUCAGAAGGCGAGAUGGCCUCCCGCCUGUCAGCCGCUCAAUUUUCCGGUUCUUGCUGGGCUCGGAGGAAAAUCCAGACGCUGUUCGCGAUAACAGCCAAAGAGAGAGCAUUUCCACCAGCGACAACCACGACAACAGCAGCAACAGCAAACGACAUAGUUCUGCUUCUGAUGACGGAUGGAGGGCGUCGAUCGCCAGGAUACCCGGGGUACCGUAUCUUCGUGAGCGCGCUCUGGCUUUGCUACAGCUGAUGAAGGGUACACCUCGCCACCCGAUCUGCCCUCACCGCCACGGGUGCCUGCACUAUGUCGUCACGGGUCUCCUCAAGAUGUUUGGUGUUGGUCUCCUGGCUCAGAGUACCAUCAAGCUGAUGUCAUCGAUGUCGUUGUUGAGGAGAAGGCCGUCUCAAGUGCUCCGAUCUCUAGUCAGCAUGCAUAACAUGGGACUGGGAGCCUUUCUUGGUCUUUACUGCGCUCUCUUCAGGGCAGUCAACUGCGCCCUCCGUUGGCUUCGAGGGGAAGACUCGGCCGCGCACGGCUUUGUGGGAGGCCUGGCAGCAGGGGCGGCCAUGAUAUUUUACAAGAGCAUCACCGUGUCCCUGUACAGCUGCGCCAAGCUGAUGGAGAUCCUGUACUUUAAAGGGAUUGAGUCGGGGCACCUGCCGCACAUCCCAUGGGCAGAUGUCUUAAUCUACGCCUUUUCCACAGCUUUUGUUUUCCAUGCUGCUGUUUUCGAACCACAUGCGCUUCGUUCUGCCUACUGGAAAUUUCUUCUUCGGGUGACUGAGGGCAAGUUUGCUGGCAUGAAUCGCCGUCUGCUCGACGGAUUCGGCACGAAGUCCUCCCAGCUGUACCCCAACUACUGGCCGCAGUACGACACUCGCUUCACACAGCUGUCACCAAACACAGACCUGUCGUCUCUCUACAGAUGACAUCGCACACACCCUAGUCGCUCUCAGGCCGGGUAACUGAGCCUCGCCACAUGAUUGUUGCCGUUAAAAAAAAAAAAAACCGAAGGAGAGCUGACUGCGGCACAACAUGAUCAUCUUACUCACUACGUUUAACUAACGUGUGUGCGUUCGUGCGAUUAGUUUCAUGAUAAUUUGGGUCACCUCAGGUAAUUGUGUAAGGCCAACACACCAGUCUGAUUAAUGACUGGUUUCGACUUGAUAUUUAGAUAAGGUCACCACACCAAUCUGUAUUUUGCAGCACGUACUCAAUCUAAUUAAUGACCAGUUCUUAGUUAACCAACACCAAUAUAUAUUUUUCAACAUAGACUGCAGAUUUUCCUUUUGCUUCCCCAAUCCCCGCCCACUUUACCUCCCCUCUGCACACCGUUCUCUAGUUUUAUUACCAUUCCACCCGGUUCCCUCUCCAACACUCCUCAAAGUCAUGGAUGUGAACAUCGAGCGGCCGAAAGCGUGUCAGUGUAUGCAUGUGUGCGGUUCCGUCUAUUGUAUGUAUGUGCGUUUGUGUGUUUGUACUAAACUACUCCUACCUAUGUGUUACUCAAAAGUUAAUGAUGGCACAGUUUUUGUGAUUAUGUUUGUCAGGUCCCUAGAUUCCCCCCAUUCCUCUUUUUUUUUUUGUAGUUACGGUGGCCAGUAUGGAUGAGGCUGCGGCAAUAUGUCAGCCUGUCGCUUCUGAUAAACGCUGCUGCAGUCUCAGGUUUUACAUGUAGUUGACUAGCUACAUUAUCAUUAAUAACUACGACUUGUCAAAGAUUUUGCAUUUGAGUUAAACAUUUGUUCCAGUUUUAAAUCAUGUUUAGAAGUGUUUUUAAAGUUUUAUUUCCCAAAGAAUUUUGUAUACUUAACAAUGCUUAUUGUAAAACAAUACUUAUUUUUUUACAAAGAGGUGCCUUUACUUCAGGUCCUAAGUCAGACUGCUUGUCUCAGGGCGUUUGCCUGCAUUCCACGUUUAUUUCCAGACAGCACAUGAGUCUAAACUGCCUCCCUGGGUUGACAAACAGAACAAUCAUUUUCAUGCAUUUAUUUGACAUGAUUGGUUGUGAUAUUUCAGUAACCGAAUACCACACCUAUCCUCUCUGCUUAUUUCACAAGUACAUGAACACCGCCAACGAACACACACACAUACACACAACAACAUUGACAUAUUCUAAUGUGUUCUACAUCACACCACUGGCAUUAUAUACUCCCUCACCGUCAUCACUGUCAUCGUUACAGUUUCUGGUUUUCCGACUGUUCGUCGGUCCCUCCAAAGACCUUUUUGCUUUUUGCGCCGAUUUUCUAAACUUUUUGCAUCCAAAGAUUCUUGAAAUGAUAUUUGUUAACCACAAUGACAAACCACAACAAAUGUAACUUUCUUUCGCGACUUUCUUGCAUAAUAGUUCGAAAAGGUCAUGAACGGGUUAUUUUUCGACAUGUCAAAUCUUCACAAUGUCCAGUCAGAAAUAAAUUUCCAUUUCUAAUAACAUGAUGGCGAUGUAUAAUUACAAGGGCCUUUCGGCGAAAGUUUUAUUUGAUUACUGCUGAGUUCCUCCUCAUAUUUCCCACUACCACCUCCUUGUCCAUAAAGGUAUGUGUGCAGGUGUGAACGUUAGCAUGUUUGCACGUAUCCUAAUAUCUUCACGUGUACUUGUGUCUACCUGCCUGUCCGCUGGUUGCUGUGGUCCAGUCUCUGUUAUUCUAAUAUCCUAUAUUUUAUAUCGGAAUCUUGUACAUUUCUUAAGCCAAUCAUAACCACGCUAUCCAUUACUAUUCUAGAUGUGUGCAAAACCACAAAGUGAAAUUGUUGUUUAUUUUGAUCUCGAGAGUUCUCGAUGUUUAGACGUGACAAAUGCGCGUGCCUUAAUGAUUUUUUAAUGGAGUAAUAACGAGGGUGUUUCUCCAUUACGUGUCGGUAUACUUGAUAAGUGGCUCUGUAGAAGAUGUGAUAUAUACCUCUUGAUGCCUACAUGGCCCCAGUUCAGUGUGCGAUACGCCUUUUGAAGUGUAGUGUUUCUGUAUAGUGUGAGAUAGCCUUUAGCCCCAUGAAGUGGCUAUGCAGAGGCGAUAUCCAUUCUCGAUGGCAACGGUAAUAAAGUUGAUUGACUGG